AUGAGAUAUUUGCUCAUCUUCACCUUCAGCCCUCUCCCCUCCCCCCACACGCCAUCCAUCAACCUGUCCGAUCCGCCGCCCCCCAUGCAGAACUACACGAACGGAGCGGCCUCCGCCGCUCCGCCGGAGAACCUCAAAAACUACGCGUUCAUGAUGAACGCGUACGGCUACAACCCGUGGAUGACGCCCUGGCUGCAGAGCACCGUGCACGGGCCCUACGAAAGCGCCGCCGUGAUGGAUGCGGCGGAGAACAAUGUGAUCAGCAACAGCAGCCUCAGCAGUAAUAGUAGCGGAGGUGAGUGGAGUUUUUGGGGUCGUUUUUCAAUGUUUUUUAAAUAGGUUGAAAUAUUAGUCUGUCGGGAAAAUAAUGAGCCCUCUGUUGCAUCGAAAAUCGCAUCGCCGUCGAGAAAAUGAAUUGUGUCGCGACGAAAUCAAAUUAUUUUUCACUUCAGCGACACGAUAGGCGCAGCGACAGUAUGCUCAUUAUUUUCCCGACAGACUGAAAAAUGAAAAACAUUUUUCUGAAAAUAUCAGUCUGUCGGGAAAAUAACGCUGGAUCGUCGUCGGAAUCGCCCAUCAUCGCUUUGCGACUGCAAGCCGCGGCUUGGGAUUUGGUGCGCGAUAGCGGCGAGGCGAGCCACUUGGCUGCGACGACCCGCCGUUAUUUUCCCGACAGACUGAUAGGCUUGUAGAAUAUUUCCCGAGGCCAAAAAUCUUGAAAAUUUGACUAGGCCUCGAAUUUGCUUGCACUCGAAAAAAAAGAUUUGUCACUGCGAAAAAGAGGAAUCGCGCGCGACGUAAAGCAAAAAAAGAAAACAAACAUGUAUUGUGCAAAUUAUCACGACUUUUUCCCCAAGUAAAGUAUACUUGCUACAUGCUGGUAGCCCUCAAAAUUUUUCGGCCGAAAAACGCUUUGACAGAGGAAGUACUCCGAGUUCAACGCUCCGAUUUUGAUGAAACUUGGCGCAAAUUUAGAAUAGUUUUCUAAUGAUGCAAUACAAUUCAUUUUCUCGGCGGCGACCACAAUUUUCGAUCCGACAGAGUGCUCAUUAUUUUCCCGACAGACUGAUAAAAAGCGAUAAAAUUUCGCAGAAGUAAUGCUCGUAUUUUACCCACAGAUGUCUUAUAUUUUGUUGUGGAGCCUCAAAAGCCUCCACAAUUCCCACAGAAAUUAGCAUAAACCAAGUCAUAUAAAAGCUAUGUCUCGUCACCAAUAUUAAGACUUAAUCUCAUUUUCUUUUCCUUUGUGCGGUGGUUCAAUAAAACCCUAUUCUAACUUGUGUCUAAUUCCUUCUACCUAUCUACAUUUGACGCAACACUUCAUGGGGGCUGAGCCGGGGAUUGGGUUAGAUCUUACACUCGAUGCACUUUCAGACCCCCCAACAUCAUCCCAGAACUCGCCUCCACUCAAGUCAUCGAUUGACUUGACGAACCUAACAUUCGCCGGAAACUCGUCCGCAUCGCUCUACAACAACUACCUGAACCCGGAGAUUAAUUGUAGGUCAUUUAAAGCACGUUGAAAUUACUAAUCUAAAUUGCUGGAGUGACUUCGGCGACAUGCACUGUGCGAAAACGAAAGUUCACUUUGCGCUGUGCAAUUUCUAGCUUUUUGCACCGUGCAAUAUGCUUUUUUGGGCUGUCGCUCGCACCCUGACUUUCAUCGCACAGUGCAAACGCCAAAAAUCACUGCAGCGACUUCCCGGAUGGACCAGUAUGUGCUAGAAUUUAAUUUCGACAACAACGCCGUAAAAGGUACACGUCAAAUCAAAACGAGGAAAAUACUUCUACGGGGUAUGGAGUUACAGUUCGAGUCAUACAUCAAAAAAAUCGUAAAUUUUUUUUGAUUCAGAAUAUGUAAAAGUCAGCUGCCUAAUUUUGGUUUAUAAGGGUGAAAAAAUCCUCAGAAUUUUUAACGCAACAUCACGCAAAUGCCUUUUUGACAAAGUUUUCACCAAUUCAAAAGCUUUGUUUUGAGCUUGUAAAGUGAACCCUGGCAUCUUGACAAGCUUUAAAAUCUUAAGUCUGAUUGAUCCUACGCCUUAAGAGUAGUUCCAAUAUAAAAAACGGGAAUUUGUGUGGUGUUGCGAGAAAAGUUCAGAGGAUUUUUUCACCCUUACAAACCAAAAUUAGGCAGCUAACUUUUCCACAUUCUGAAUAAGAAAAAUUUUGCGAUUUUUUGAUAUAUGACUCGACCUGUAACUCCAUACAUACCCCAUAGAAGUAUUUUCCUCGUAAGGCAAAGAGAGAGGGAAUUCUUCAAGUUGGCUGAUGUCAGAGGGCGCCGAGGUGUAAAUUUGGCGAAAAUUUUAGUUAUAGCAAGCCUUGGUUUUCUUGACCCUGAGCUUCUUUAAGCAUAGAAAAGACCAAAACUUGCCCCCAAAAACGAUACCCAUAAGUUUUAUCUCAACUUAUUGCAGUAAUACAUGUAAAAUCCAUCAAAAUAUGUGGUAAACUAUUCUAGGACUUGACCAAUCGUGCUAUUUUUAUUAAUUAAGCCUUCUCCUAGCCUCCCCCAUGCUUACAAUGGAGGAGAUUUCUUGAAUUUUUGUGGCUUGCAGCGCCCAAAAAUUUCGUUACAGUAACCCAAUUAGCCUUUUUUUGUCCAAAAACUCGGGAUUUUACGUAAUGUCGGAUCGAAUUAAUCCCGACGCAAAACUGACGAAUUAGGUAACUGAAGCGAUUUACCCCGCAAACCCCCCAAUUUGCACCCCCAAAAUCGGCGCACACACCUGCCCUCCUUGUAUAUUAUUCUAAGCGAUUAGCAGACGAUUGCGCAAUUUGCAAAGCAAAAAAAUGUCAAAUCACACACAUCGUAUUUUACCCCAAAAUUUCAGCCCUCUUCAACCAAACAAUAAAUCCCGUUCCGCUGCUGGCGAGCGCAUUGCCAGCGGCAACGGCCGCCGCGCCCGGACGAAUGCUCGGCCGGUCGACAAGAGCGGCGGCGUCUAGCCGGCCGUCCACAGCGAGGGCGUGCGAAUGCCCCAAUUGCCUGGAAUUUCAACGGAGAGGUAAGGAUUUAGAACUUUUACUUUGUAGUUUUCACAAAAAAUACGUUUAUUAAACGGUGGUAAAACAGGGGACGAUGAUGCCACGACGUAUUUUACAUUAGAAUUUACAAUCUUAGAAUCGAAAAGUUUCAAAAAACAUUAGACAGUAAAAAUAUUCCUCCUAUAUGAUAAAAAUAAAAUUUGCGUCAAAUGACUUCAAAAGUGAUCAUGGAUACUUUUUGAUACUUUUCUCAAAGUUUCUAAAUUUUUCGCUUUAAAACCGCAAAACAUCAUCAAAAAAUCCUUUUUUUUUACUUUUAUAAAAAAUUGGUGAAAAUUGCAAGAAAAAAAUCGAAAAAUCUCGUUUCAAAAUCGCCUUUACCCUUUUUGAUUCACGUUUUCUUCCCACAGAAAAAAAUCAAAAGUGGAAAGAGAAGCGAGUGUGUACGCCCAUAGCCCGUUGAAAGCACGCCAUCCCGUCCGAUCUGGCAAGUUAAGCAACGGUGCGCUUGAUUAGUACUUGGAUCGGAGACGUCCUUGGAAUCUCAAGUGGCGUACGCAUUUUUGACUUUUUUGAUUUGAAUAGAGAAAUCAGAACCGUAUUUUAGAUGGUACAUCAUGAAUUCAAAUACAUUUGAAUUGGUAUUUGUUCGACAUUUUAGUCAAACUUUCCAAAAUUUUCUUGUUCAGCCACACUUUUCUCACUUUUCAGGAGCUGGAAUCUCAAGCUAACCUUUAACUUGGGAAAUUAAUCCGAAGAUAGAAUGAAAGAGCCAGCUUACCUCUGAUCCACCCUUUCCUUUUUGGCUGGGGAAUUUACGCUAUUUCUGUGUGGUCUCUCCAAAAACACAAUCUCUAAUUUUUCUGUAUUAGUGACGUCAUUACUAAUUGAUUUUUAGUAAAAGAAAGUCAAUUCUGCUUUCCAAAAAAUCACCUUUUCUUUGCUACCGUAACCCCAUUGCCAUUUCUCAUCCAAUCUUCUUGAAGAGUUGUCAAAAACGGCGCCGCAAUUUUUCAAAUUCUCGCGUAUUCAAAUAAAAGCGGAAAGGACAAUUGGGCUCUUUCUGUUUUUUUUUCACACCGGCUUCUGAACGCCUUUUUUGAUGGUGUGGAAAUGAUUUCGAAUAAAUCAACGCGGCGCCCAUUCAAAUUGGGUAAUUUGGGCGAGGCCUUUUUGUGGAACGGCGGGAAAUCCGGCAAGAAUUUUCAAAGCAACGAUCAUGUGUGAGAAAAAAUAAUUCAAUCGAAAUAAAUUUUUCAAAUUGAACAAAGUUGCACGUAUUUUUUUAAAAAAAAUCUUUGAGAUUUUCCCUCGAAAUCUUGUUGAUUAUGCGGUCAGAAAAAUUAGAGAUCAUGUUUUUGGAGAGACCACACAGAAAUAGCGUAAAUUCCCCAGCCAAAAAGGAAAGGGUGGAUCAGAGGUAAGCUGGCUCUUUCAUUAUAUCUUCGGAUUAAUUUCCCAAGUUAAAGGUUAGCUUGAGAGUCCAGCUCCUGAAAAGUGUGGCUGAACAAGAAAAUUUUGGAAAGUUUGACUAAAAAGUCGAACAAAUAUCAAUUCAAACGUAUUUUAAUUCAUGAUAUACCAUCUAAAAUACGGUUCUGAUUUCUUUAUUCAAAUCAAAAAAGUAAAAAAUGCGUACGCCACUUGAGAUUCCAAGGACGUCUCCGAUCCAAGUACUAAUCAAGCGCACCGUUGCUUAACUUGCCAGAUCGGACGGGAUGGCGUGCUUUCAACGGGCUAUGGGCGUACACACUCCUUUCCCUUUCCACUUUUGAUUCGGUUUCGUGGAAAUGAAAAAAGGGAUUGAAUAUAUCAGAAACUUAUCAUUUGAGUAUUUCAAAAAUAAAAAAAAAAAACAAUUUUUAUACUGUCUGAAGAUAAAUACGUUAUCUAUUAUAAUAUUAUUAUUUAUUCCUAGUCAAAAAAACCAUUCAAUUUUUCAGGCGUUCCAUCCAACGUGAAGAACGAAAAGCACAAUUGUCAUAUCCCCGGAUGCCAUAAAGUCUACGCCCGAAGCUCGCAUUUGAAGGCGCAUCUGCGUUGGCACACGAAUGCCCGUCCACCGCCGCGGCGGACAAUAGCCGAGUAA